GUUUUAACCCGGAAGUUUUACAUCGUUGUUUCUUACUGUCACCAAAACUGGGACAAUAACAAUAAUACUUAUUCCAGGUCAAAAUAAGAAUCGUUUUGGACAUGACACUUGAAGCACAAAUGUCCAAUUUAUGUUGAUGGUAGAUGCAGAGAAAGAUGAAGCUGAAGUGGUUUGGCGGCAACUCUGAGGUCAGUCAGCAAGUGAGCUAUGCUGAGAUGUCCAGUGGAUCAGGGUUUACGAUGCUGUCCCUCUCUCAGGGGGUUCAGGUUGGUGUGUAUGGGGAAAAAAGGGAGCUAAGCUUUGAGCGAGUUAGUGGCUGCAGCACUUGUGAGGAGGUUUGUCUAGCAUUGGCUGAAACCCAAGGGAUAGCACCAGCAGUGGUUGACUGUUUUGGUCUGGCUUUUGAUAACAGUCAGGAUGGUAGAUACACUUGGCUUGCACCUGGUGAGUUGCCUGAUCUGGGAGAAAAAAAGUUGUGUUUUAGAAUGAGAUUUGUACCUGUAAAAGAGAAAUGUCGAGAUAUAUUGAGUCAGUACAGUGCUUGUUUGCAGUAUCUGUUUUAUCAAGUAAAAUACGACUAUGUGCACGGUGACCUCAAGUACCUAAAGGGUCAGGAAAAAGACAAGGACUCGCGCGGUGUUGGGGCCUUUGUCAUCUUGAUAAUGAUGCGGAUUUCUGCACAAAAUACAGGGACAGAAGAAAAUGUGGAAAACUUCUUUAGAAGCAUCAGCUUGAAAGACUUUUUUCCGCCUGCUCUAACUAGAAAUUUUAUUGACAAAAGAUUUCUAGAAGGUAGCAUUCGAAAUAAAUUAAAAGACUAUCAGGAUAAAAACCCAAGUGACAGUUACCCUGCAGACAUCUUGAUGCGAUCAUUCUUAGAACACAUACUGCAGAGCGACAAGGACUUUUAUGAAGAAUCCUAUUCCGCAUAUCAACUGGAUUUAGAAAACAUUCAAGUGCAGGAAAGUGACACUUCUGGGCACACACAAUAUACGAAUGAACUGAGGAUGAAAAGUUCUUCAGCAGUAUCGCUGUCGAUAAAUUUGAAUGGGGACUCCUCAAAGCUGAAAAUCAUUUCUGGGAAACCUUCCUGUGAGAUUUUUCUGCAGAAAAUUUAUGAGGUUAAAUUGCAGCAGUUAACAUUUGAAGGAAUGGACUGGUUUGAAGUGCAAAUUAUAGCACAGGCCCAAUACGAGAAAGUGUACUUCAAAGACCGAUUGGAGAGCCACUCAUUUGUAACAUGCCUUGAGAAAUAUUGCUUGCUCAUGUUCAACUACUACACAAGCCUGUGCCCCGACCUGCAGUCACCACGCAUACACAAACAAUAUCAGGUCCGUGCACAUGGACCUGUUAGUGAGGCCACAAUAAGGAAGAAGUUGAGUCAGCGAGGUCUCCAGUGUCGCGAUUGGUACGUUUUGCGCUCAAAUCUUCAGAAGUUCGGACAGUAUGAUGUUCUCUAUCUCAGGACACCCAAGGACAAAUCUCUCAUAGUCAGAAGCUUUGGAAAGGUAAUGGAGCGGGAAGAUGGUUUAGUUCUAGAAGGAUCCCAGGCUGAUCCUGUGUCUCCCAAACUGUUCUUUAGGCAACAGGCAAAGGCUCUGGGAUUCCUGCCCAGCAAUGUAAUACCGGUCCAGCCACAGUCAGAAGGAUGUGACAUUGUACAGAACCUCUUGACGAAGCAUGCAAUUACCUUGCAAAAUGCCAUUGACCUUGAGACUGAAGAGGAGGAAAAAAGACGUAUUGCCAGUCAGCCCAAGGUCUACAUGGCUGGUCAGGUCAACAUUGCUGCUAAGAUAGGGGAGGGCCACUUCACUGAGGUUUACAAGGGUCGGCUAUGUGAGCAACAGCAUGUUGUGAUAAAGCAGCUGAGGUUGGACCCAGCCCUGCAGCGUCACCACCAACAACUGCAUGAGUCCCUGAUGUCUGGCUUUGAGGUACUGCUGAAGUUAAACGGGUCAAAUUUAUUUGUCAAUUUCCUGGGACUAACCCUUGGGCCUAGCACAGGCUUGCUGAUGAGUGGAACUGGCCUGUGUAGCAUGAAGGCUUUCCUGCGCAUGGACAGGACUGGGCUUCCCCAACUGACAUUUGUGCACCUGAUUGAUGUCUCUAUAUGCCUGGCAGAGGCCUUGCAAUACAUGGAACAGAAAAAUUGUUUCCAUGGAAACCUAACAUGUGAAAACCUUGUAGUGGAGAAGUUUGACAAUCGUGUGUUAGAGAUCAAGGUCACAGACCCAGGCCUCGUCUGCUUCUACCAGCAGCUUCCCUUAGAUCAUGAAGUCAACAUUAAAAGACUUCCGUGGUUGGACCCCAAUAUGUAUAAGCCUGGUGGCCUUAAAGAAGUGACGGCAAAGACCGAGGUGUGGGCUCUGGGCUCCACCCUCUGGCAGAUGUUUGAGGGCGGGGCCAGUCCGUGGGAGGCCAUUAACUCGAAGGGAGGGCGAAGGUCAAUUGAAGCGGUGCAGCAAUUUUUUCUGGUAAAUAAAAAAGUACCUCGCUGUCCGAAGUUGCUGAAACUGCAGGCAGAUGACUCUGAACCAGUUCAAAAGUACAAACAAGAGUUUUACAUGAAGUUGCAAUACUGCUGGACAUUAGAUAGUGAGGAGAGGCCAUGCCCAGAGGCACUGCUCAGGACAUUCAUAUCCUGCUUUCAGGAACAUUCGAGAGAGUACCAUGAGUAUAGCCAACCAAUAUACUCUGCCGGCAGCAGUGGGCUAUCCAGUAUGGACAGUGCGACUACUGAGUUCCUCAAUAGUGGAUAUACGGGCACCUCAAAACCAAUACCCAAUCUUUCUUGUCUCAACUCUUCAGAUAUAUUCUCAGAUCAAGGUGUGCUACCUUUGGAAGUAGAUCUGUCAAAACAUGCAACUGAUCACCCCACUCCACCAAUCCCUCGAGCCCAGGGGGUCGCCGUCAAAACCCCAUACCCACCUCAUGGGGAACCUUCGGCGGAGGUACACAGAGCUGGCGUAAACCUGCCUUCAUUUGUCAUUCUAAAAAGAAGGCUUACCAUUGACAAAAGCAAACAGCUGGGAAGUGGUUAUUAUGGUGCAGUUUACAAGGCCACUCUAGAUAGGGAUGAUAAUACACCAUUAUCUGUUGUAGUAAAAGUUUUGAAAGAAGACAAAAUUGAGGAGCGAUUCAAGUUGGAUUUCAAAAAGGAAGCUGAAGUUAUGGAGAAACUUGAGCAUGAAAACAUUGUCAAGUUCUAUGGCACCUGCGAUAGCAUUCAUGGGUUCUGCCUUGUGAUGGACUGCCUGGAUCAGUCGCUAUACAAGUUUCUGAAAUCUCGCGAAAGGUCACAAAACUUAAAAAAAGAGGAAAUUUACAAGCUUGCCCUUGAUGUUGCCAAGGGUAUGGAAUACCUAGAACAGAAGAAAAUAUUACACUGUGACCUUGCAGCCCGGAAUAUUCUCCUAACCACUAACCAACAGGCCAAGGUCUGUGACUUUGGCCUGUCCAAGAUACUAAUGGAAGAUAAGGAUUACUACAGGAGGCAAAACAUGGAGAGGACAAUACCUAUAUACUGGUCUGCUCCCGAGUGGACCCAUUCCAAACGUGUUUCCUCAAAGUCUGAUGUCUGGAGUUAUGGAGUUGUACUCUGGGAAAUGUUCAGUUAUGGCAAUGAUCCAAAGAUGAACAGUAUCAACCCCAAUGACUUUGUCGCCAAGCUGAUAAAAGGGGAUCGACUCCAGCGUCCGAGAAAUUGCCCAGACCAUUUCUACCAGUUCAUGCUUCAGUGUUGGGACAAAGACCCAGAGAGGAGACCAACUUUUACCAUGUGCAGAGAUAGGCUUGAUGAACAGCUUUCUUCAAAUGUCCAGGUGGACGACAAAAAUUGCCUUGGAAAGGGUGAUUUUGGAGCUGUUUACAAGCACCAGUGGUGUGGUCAAGAAGUUGCAGUGAAGAUUUGCACAUCUCCUCCUGAUUAUGCGAGGUUUAAAAGAGAAUUCACUCUUCUCGAGAAGUUAAAGAAUAGAAGCCCAGACAAGAAUGGGCAUCCGAACAUUGUCAUGUUUAUUGGACUCAAGGAGCUAGAUGACCCACAUGUUAAGUUUGCCUACAUGAUGGAGCUUAUGAAAAAUGGCUGCCUUUCUGAUUACCUGAAAGAGCCAAAAAUGUUGUAUGAUAGCAAAAUGAAGUGCCUUAUAGACAUUGCUCAGGGAAUGGAAUUUCUUUAUGACAACAUCAUUAUUCACUGUGACUUGACGGCAAGGAAUGUGUUAUUGACAUCUGACCUCACAGCAAAGGUGGCGGACUUUGGUUGGGCGAAGGAACUGGAGAAUGAUUGUGAAAACAGUACAUACAGGAGGACUGAUUCUCAGUUUAAACUACAUGUAUUAUGGGCUCCUCCAGAGGUUCGUAGCGGGACAUACUGUCGGCAGUCAGACAUCUGGAGUUUCGGCGUUGUGUGCUUAGAGGUCUUCUUGGAUGGAGGAACCCCAAGGUUAACCAAACCAUCCCAACCCUCCCCAGGCUCCGAUCCACAGGAGGAGCAUUGGGCACGCCUCGCUCAGAACGAGAGAUUCCCGAAACCUUUGACCUGCCCCGAUGAGGUUUACGAGAUCAUGAAGCUGUGCUGGCAGAGUGAUCCACAAAAGAGAAUAUCAUUCAGAGAAAUUGUUAAGAAAUUGACUAGGAUCAGGGCUUCUCAAUAGGUCACCACCAGAGAAACUGAUGUGACCCUAUUUUGGAGAUAUCCCUGAAAUGAACAGGGUUUUGCCUGGGACCAAUAACAAACUCCAGGUUUAGCUUAUCUCAGCUCAAACAUCCAUAAUGCUCUUUCUAGGAGAUAUACCU